UCUUUUUUCCCAUUUUUUCCUUCUACCCCUCAUUGUGCCACAUGAGCCUGGAGUAGAUAGAAAGACUGUAGUGGAGCGAAAGUUAGCAAGCAACCGAGAGAAAGACAGAGAGAGAGAGACUGGAGGAAGUCAUGCAGAGUGUGAGGCAGCCCAGCGGUAAUGCUUGAUGAACUGAACUGCUGACCAGUUCUUUCUUCACUUUGACUGAACCUCACAGGGAUCAAGAAAUCAGACGAGAGAUUCCUGAUCUGAAGAGAUCAGCUCGUUGUCUUCACUGAGGAGCAGAAAAACCAGGCAAGGACGUGGAGAGGAAAAAGAGAGCAUUAGAGACAAGGAGACAGAAGAGAGUUCUACAAAUGCGAAUUGGAGCAGAGGAGCACAAGGAGAUGCUCAGAGGGACCAGAUAGUGGCAAGAAAAGCAAGACAAGUAGCAAGUGUGCCCACAGAGACCGCUCAAAGAAAGGGCGACGCAUUAGGAGGAGUUAGAAGCUGUUGCGAGUCAAGCAGGGAGAGAAAGAACAAGACAAGACAGAAAACAGAGAGACAGUGUUAGAGAAGGAUGGCUAACUCAGGUCUACAGUUGUUGGGUUACUUUCUGGCGUUGGGUGGCUGGAUUGGCAUCAUCUCCACAACUGCCUUGCCCCAGUGGAAGCAGUCAUCGUACGCCGGCGAUGCCAUCAUCACGGCUGUGGGUCUGUACGAGGGGCUGUGGAUGAGCUGUGCCUCACAGAGUACGGGACAGGUGCAGUGCAAGAUCUUUGACUCCAUGCUCUCGCUGGACAUCCACAUCCAGACAUGCCGGGCCCUUAUGGUGGUGUCAGUACUGCUGGGCUUUAUUGGGAUCAUUGUCAGCGUGGUGGGCAUGAAGUGUACCAAGGUGGGAGAUAACAACCCAGCCACCAAGUCCCGCAUCGCUAUGACUGGAGGAGCACUCUUUCUGCUUGCAGGUUUAUGCACACUGGUUUCUGUGUCCUGGUAUGCCACUCAGGUGUCCUAUCAGUUCUUUAACCCAAACACACCACCCAAUGCCAGGUAUGAGUUUGGCUCAGCCUUGUUUGUUGGAUGGGCAGCAGCCAGUCUGACUGUUCUGGGUGGCUCUUUGCUGUGCUGCUCCUGCUCCAAAGAAGAUAUGCGAGGACAGCAAUAUUACCGCCAAUCACAGCCUUCCACAGCAAGGGAGUACGUGUAAACCCCAACCCCUUCCAGCAGUCACCCAAACAGAGAGCAGAGGACACGCUUGGCACCACCCUCUUUUUUCCCCUUGUAAAUCUAACAAAAAGACUAUCAUGCAUACACACAUGCAAUCAUUUAGCUCAAAGACACUUCUUAUCUUACACAGCAAUACACGAUAUAUGAAGUUGUACAUAUAUGAGCAUAUUAUCUACCAGUAGGAUGUAUGUGGCUAUGAACCUAAAGAAGUACAAACUUAUACGUAGAAAGUGUUAAGCUUGUAUUGUGAGUUGACAUCUCCUGCUUGUCAUGAUUUAAUGUACUUUAAGAGGUAAGUACAGCGAUACGAUGAACACAAAUUUAAGCACGGUACAGAAAAACAUCGUUUGGAGCAAAUUACACAGCAAAUUAAAGGGCAUUUCUUAUCUGAGGAAGUACUGCAAAACUUGCUGAACUUUUACUAGCAUGUCCUGUGCUUCCUGGUUGGAGCUGCAUUGGUGUUUUACCUCCAAAUUGCAACGUAUGUUCACAGUCUACUGUUGCAGUUAAGUGUGUAAGGGGACAAGGCCUGACCCUGUGUGCAAAUGAGAAAAAAAUUAUUUCAAUUUGUAACUCACAGAGUUUAGAGCUCUAAACCACCAAACCUUUUCUAUCUUUGUAUAGAAUUCAAAACAAAACAAAGAAUUUCUAUGUUCUUAAUUUAUUUAUUUAAGCUGUCGAGUGUUAUUCAAACAAACACAAUGAAUGACAGUAAAGAAGCAGGCGUGUCUGGUGUCCUCCUAAGUGAGGAAGCCCCUGGACAACCAUCUUAUUAACAGCUGAGAAAAUUUCUCACAUAUGGUAAAACUACACAGUCCUUUUUUACACCACAAGGACUUGAUGAAGAUCGCACAUGCAGACACAAUCUGAACUGCAGCAGUGGAGGGUGAAUUGUUAGUUAAAGGUGUCUGUUUAGAUGUGUAAUGAGUAUGACUGCUGCUGAUUAUCGCUCUUCCAUUAUACUUAACACGAGGAGAAAGAGGAGACUGUCAUCGACACAUAUCAUCACGCUCCAUUUACUAACACCAUCAGUCCAGAUUCAUACACUCCCUCAUCUCAUAAGCUGUUGUAUAACUAAACCAGUGCCUAAGAUCUAAGCUAUUCACACACAUGAAUAAUCUUACUGAGAAGCUAAAAGAUGUCAGCAUACUAUUAUCUUUAUAUAAUUUAGCAUGAUGAAGUGUUAUAUUUAACUCCACUGUUUGGUUGAUUGCAUAUAGAAAAAACAGGUGGUCUUCAACCCACCGACUACUCAUUGAAGGUGAGGCACAAUAGAUACUUGCAGCUAUCGCCACAUUAGACCCUUUAAAACUCAGCUGCUGCUAAAUUGGCUCUUGAGUUCUCCCUUCAUGCUCCCACAUCACUUUGCCCCCAUUUAUGUUUCUAAAAGAGUUGGUCCAUCACUGUUCCACAUAAAAAAGCCAUUAACUUUUCUUAGAAUAGGUCCCAGUUGCCCCAUUUCCCAGUUACAUGGCUUCUCUUCUUAGAAGAGACUUAUUUGUGGAGAGCUCUAUUAUUCUCAAACUUGGCAGGUGGACGGUGAAGGUCUAUAGGAAAUUCUUUGUACUUGUACUAAAUAAAAUGAGAUGUCAAUGGGAUGUCAAGCAUCUCUGCUCUGCUGUCGUAGCGACUGUGACAUCUCCCCAUUUCUAUAUGACUGGAAAUGAGCAACUAGGCCUAUAAAGCCAACAGACAAGUGUUUACAGAGGUAAAGUCUGAAAGCCCUUUUCCCAGACACCUCUAUGGAGGGAAGACUUUUAUGUUUUUGCAGCUUCGAGUAUGUCUCUUGUGGCAGAGAAUGCAGGAUUAAGGCAGUUCCACAUCACCCCAGACAACCGUAUAGCUGUUCAUUGACUCUAUAUGUUUCUGCCCACCUUUAUUAGUCAUUCUGUAGGGUAAAUGUUCUAUUUUAACCCGAACAGUGCUAGCCAGCUUCCAUGUAACACUGAUUCUGAAACCUGUCGGCUAACAUCUCAGUCAUCCCUCUGGCUCUCUAACAUGGUGGGAAUCUGAGAGUUCUUGAUGUGUCUUAUCCUGACUGUCUUCUUCUCUCCUCUAAUUCAGGGCAGAGUUGUUGAGUGAAACUAGUUUCCCUGACUGAUCAGCCCCCGCCUUUUUAUCGAGGACUUUCCGACUCUCCCACCACUGUCUCCCCAUCCCCCCUUCUUUUCCUGUUACCUCUUUACCUUCCAAUUUGGACCUCUUGUAGAUGAUUUCCUUUUUCUCAAUAAUACAUCUGCACCUUAUCACUUUUAAUGGGAACCAAGGUGUACUGUCUUCUUCCGACCCCCUCUCCGUCUCUGAGCCGUCUCUGUAAAUAUGGACUCAUGUGGUCAGACGUUUUCUUUAAGAAAUAAGAUACCAACCCUCUGCUACACCUCCUGUUCCCCCUUCUGUCCAAAUAUUGGUGCAAAGUUAACAAUAAACUGAAACAUACUGUUGUGCUGAUUCGUAGUUUCACUUACAGCCUAUGACCUCUGGGUGUUUUUGUAAAUGUGAGGUUUUUUUCUUGUCGCUGUGACUGAAACGUGUCUUUUUUCCCUUUUGAAUUGCAGACCAAAUGUUAAAAGUACCCCACCAGAGAAAAGGGAGCAGUACUUGUAGUUUGGGAGAGUCUUCUGGCCCUACCAUGGUUUAAAUUCUGUCAACAGACAAAACCCUUUCACUGAGAAAUUCAAAACAGACAAGAAUGAAUUUAUGAACAGCAAACACUCAAGCAUAUUGCAACAACAUAUAUUAAUCUUUGUUGAGAUUAAUGAAAUUGUUUGGGGAAAUGUUUUAUGAAUUAGAUGUACUUAGGGGGUUUGACAUCCUCAUCUGUGUUGUUGACUCUGGGAGAGACAGUCAUUCAGGGUAUGUUUUCUAUAACAUGUUAAAAAACCCAGGUGUAUAUACCACCAACUUUACUCCUUUUUUUUUUUUACUACAUAUAAUGUUUUACUACAGUGCCUUAUAACACAUGUUUGCACACAUGUAUGUGAAUUCUCUGUUUUCCAUCCCAUCUGAGGGAUGUGUGUCCACAGCUACUCUGCAAGGACUUGUGUUUCCCUUUGUUUCUAUUGUUGGAGUUCCAAAAACGAAUGUGAAGCUACUCUACAGUACCACUUAUGAACAAAAAGGACAAAUACAUGAUAGAUCUGCCACGUGUUGCCUUAUGCCACUGUAAACUCUGUGCCUGUUUCCAAAUAGUCUGGGCUGAGGAUAUACCAAGUGCAUCCAUUGUGUAUCGUCAGGUGCCAAUAUGAUUUUGUGUGAAUGGAAGAGUCGUCGUAUUAUUGACUCUUAAGGACGUACUGUAUUGUGUGCUGUCUCCUGUACUAAGGAAUGCCAGUUUGCUGAGAGUUAAAAUGCCUGCAUUUAUUUACCAUGCCUUUCUUUUUCUCUAAUAUUUACCUCCUUCAUGUUGUGUAUCAUCUCAUUUACCUGUAUACCCGUCUGUUUCCUUUAGAAUGAAGUAAACAGAGAUGGAAAAAUG